GGGGCGGGGCGCGCCGGGGAGUGGGGCGUGAGCCGCCGGUUUUGAUUAGUGCGCGGAGCUGCGGCGGCGGAGCCAGGCGGCGAAGCUGCUCGGCCGGAGUCCCGGCGGCGAGACGGGGAGGCGGCGGAGGUGCGGGCUCGCAGGUUCCGGCCGGCGGCCGCCAGGGUCGAAAAAGGCGAGCCGGAGCGCUGGGCCGCGGUCGCCCAGACCGGAGCCGGGAGACCGCAGCGCCCGCAACCACCCGCGAGCGCGCCGGGGACAGCGCGCGGGCGAGAGCGUGCGGGCGGGGGCGCGCAGGCCCUGCCCGCCCCUUCCGUCCCCACCCCCCUCCGCCCCUUCCUCUCCCCACCUUCCUUUCGCCUCCCGCGCCCCCGCACCGGGCGCCCACCUUGUCCUCCUCCUGCGAGAGCGCUGUCUGUGUUGGCGGCCGGAGCGGGCCGGGCCGGGCCGGCGGGCCGGGGGAUGGCGCUGCUGGACCUGGCCCUAGAGGGAAUGGCCGUCUUCGGGUUCGUCCUCUUCUUGGUGCUGUGGCUGAUGCAUUUCAUGGCCAUUAUCUACACCCGAUUACACCUCAACAAGAAGGCAGCUGACAAACAGCCUUAUAGCAAGCUCCCAGGCGUCUCUCUCCUGAAACCACUGAAAGGGGUGGAUCCUAACUUAAUCAACAACCUGGAAACAUUCUUCGAAUUGGAUUAUCCCAAAUAUGAAGUGCUCCUUUGUGUACAAGAUCAUGAUGAUCCAGCCAUUGAUGUAUGUAAGAAGCUUCUUGGAAAAUAUCCAAAUGUUGAUGCUAGAUUGUUUAUAGGUGGCAAAAAGGUUGGCAUUAAUCCUAAAAUUAAUAAUUUAAUGCCAGGAUAUGAAGUUGCAAAGUACGAUCUUAUAUGGAUUUGUGAUAGUGGAAUAAGAGUAAUUCCAGAUACACUUACUGACAUGGUGAAUCAAAUGACAGAAAAAGUAGGCUUGGUUCACGGGCUCCCUUACGUGGCAGACAGACAGGGCUUUGCUGCCACCUUAGAGCAGGUAUAUUUUGGAACUUCACAUCCAAGAUACUAUAUCUCUGCCAAUGUAACUGGUUUCAAAUGUGUGACAGGAAUGUCUUGUUUAAUGAGAAAAGAUGUGUUAGAUCAAGCAGGAGGACUUAUAGCUUUUGCUCAGUACAUUGCUGAAGAUUACUUUAUGGCCAAAGCGAUAGCUGACCGAGGUUGGAGGUUUGCAAUGUCCACUCAAGUUGCAAUGCAAAACUCUGGCUCAUAUUCAAUUUCUCAGUUUCAAUCCAGAAUGAUCAGGUGGACCAAACUGCGAAUUAACAUGCUUCCUGCUACAAUAAUUUGUGAACCAAUUUCAGAAUGCUUUGUUGCCAGUUUAAUUAUUGGCUGGGCAGCCCACCACGUAUUCAGAUGGGAUAUUAUGGUAUUUUUCAUGUGUCAUUGCCUGGCAUGGUUUAUAUUUGACUACAUUCAACUCAGGGGUGUCCAGGGUGGCACACUGUGUUUUUCAAAACUUGAUUAUGCAGUUGCUUGGUUCAUUCGCGAAUCCAUGACAAUAUACAUAUUUUUGUCGGCAUUAUGGGACCCAACUAUAAGCUGGAGAACUGGUCGCUACAGAUUGCGCUGUGGAGGUACAGCCGAGGAAAUCCUAGAUGUAUAACUACAGCUUUGUGACUGUAUAUAAAGGAAGAAAGAGAAGUAUUAUAAAUUAUGUUUAUAUAAAUGCUUUUAAAGAUCUGCCUUCUGUAGUUUUAUCAAAUGUAUGUUUUGGUAUCUGUUCUUUAAUUUAUUUUUGCAUGGCACUGCAUCUGUGAAGAAAAAAAAAAAAAAAAAAAAAACACAUCUGUAGUCUUGGCCAAAUGAUACAGUUUAUUUUGUGGAAGUAGAAAAUCAAGAGGAUUGGUUCUAGGAACCUGGGUUUGUUCUUCAUUGUUGUUUAUUUUUUUAAAAUAAAUAAAUAUAGAGAUGCUCUGCAACAAACACUAUGACAGUAUCCUUCAGUAGAGAAAGUUUCUUAUUGGUGAGUACACUCUUUUAGAACAUUUAUGGGCAGGAUGGUAGCAGCUUUGCUUUAGAGUUUAGAAGAGAUUAGAAGGAAUGACGAUUCGCGUCCAAAGCGAAUGGUAUUAUGCAGUGAGCGACUCAUGUGGAGGUACUAACUGAGAAACUUUUUCAUGCUUUAUGCCUACCUCUUGUAGUUGUUGCAGAGCAAAUAUAAAUUGUAAUAAGGUAGCUAGGCCUUGCAGAAACAAGCAGAAAAACUUAAAAUAAUAAUAAAAGAGCUGAAAUCUAGUAUUUAUAUGAAUCUGUGAGAGAGAUUUUUUUGGUCUCACUGCAAUGAACCAAAAGUGGCUGAGUUUGGUUUUUAAUUGUAGCCAUGUAUUGAAGGCAUCCUUUGACCAACUCUUGUUGGUUCUGUCUUGAACCAUUGUUAAUCACUGUGCUGUAAUUAGUAUAGCUAAAUCUUUUCCUUCCCUGCUCCUCCCCCAGCCCACCCCAUCUUUCCUUAACAUUUUUUCAGGGGGGGUUGGGAGUGGUUUUGUUUUAGUGUGAGUGGACGUUUUGAUAGUUGUAAGGAAAAAAAUGCAUUUCAGACACAUUUCACACAUGAGCUAUUUUCUUACACAGUAUGUCUUAUUGUUAAUAAGAAUGUAAUUUCAUGAUACAGGUAUUUCAUAUCUUUUUUAAGUCAGUCAAUAUUCUAGCCAUCAAUAAAUAAAUUGCAGUAGAGUAUUAAGAGGGGACAAGAUGAGUUUACUCUUAAAAUUAAUCAGUAUCAAACUAAGUCUACUGUGUGUGUUUUUUUUUUUAAACUAUUAUAGUUAGUCUAGUCUUAUUUAAAUUGGGUUUUUGUAUUCCAGUUUAUAUGACAAAGUAGACUAGAUCAGCGCUGGUUGUAAAUGCAUGCUGUACCUCACUCUUUUCUCCCCAUCAUGCCGCUAAACUUGCUUGUCAGGUUGUGCUUAAAUUGUGGUGAACUGGACUUGUUUUUGUUUUUUGUUUUGUUUU